AUGAUAGUGUUGGAAACUGAAGUCACGUCUUUAAAAGACGAAAAUUAUGAUUAUGCUUCUCCUGGUUUAGUUGUCGCUAGCAUUAAAAGAAGGGAUAUAAUUCCUCUUCAGCCAGGAAAUAUAAGAUGGAUUAACGGUAAUAAUUUAAACUAUAGAAGAACAAAGGACAUACGAAAAGACAUCAUUGAUCGACGCUUUGAGAUUUCAGAAGCGCAAUUAAGAGAAGCACAAAGAUUAUCUGAAAUUAAUGAAAUAAGAGAAGAUGAAAUAAAGUCUGCGCAACGACGGGAAGAACAGAUCAGAAACAGCAUGCAAUUGAGGGAAAAUUCAGUUGGAAAUAGAAGAGAAAAUCAAUUGGAAUUUAAUUACAAUAAUCGGAAUUCAAAAUACGGCGAAAAUAAAGAUCAAUUAGAUAAAUUACAUCGCGAGAUGAGAUGGCUUACAAUAGAUGCUGACGAUGGAUUUGGCAUUGGAAUACAAUAA